CUCCUUUUUCAGUGCUGUGCAGUUCCUGAGUCUCAGCGUGGUUCCUGUAGGAGAUUCAAACUGCUAUCUAAAAGGAGAUCCAGUAUGGUUUCCGGGAAUGCGGAGUUACACGGGCAGAUCCAUCUUUAAAGCUGAUUUCUGUGGGUGUGGGACCUGAACACGUGGUGGGGUUUUUUCUCUUCUUCUCCUCCUCCUUCUUCUGAACCUUCCAGAGAAGAAGCGAUGGACCUGCACAUUGUAGAUCACAGACUGAGAGUAACCAGCAUCAGCAGAAGUGGGCUGCAGCUGUACACCCACCCACUCAUCAAACUCCUCUUUCUGCGGAACAGAUCCAGAUGCAAGUUCUUCAGUCUGACAGAAACGCCAGAAAAUUACACGGUCGUUCUUGAUGAGGAAGGAUUUAAAGAUCUUCCCCCCUCUGAGCACCUGCAGGUGGAAUGCUCCAUCUGGCUGCCGCUCAACGUUGUCUCCAACGGCAACGCCUCCAGCAGCUCUCAGGCCGUGGGCGUCACCAAGAUCGCCAAGUCGGUCAUCGCUCCACUAGCCGAGCAACACGUGUCCGUCUUCAUGCUCUCCACCUAUCAGACAGACUUCAUCCUGGUGCGAGAGAAGGACCUGUCGGUGGUGAUCCACACCCUGGCUGAGGAGUUUAACAUCUACCGGGAGGUGGAUGGAGAGUCUGUACUGGUGCACAGCCAGGAUGUGAACAACAGCCUCCAGGGGAAUGGCAGAGAGGUCCCGCGUUCUACCCUGCACCCAGUAUUUAUCCCAGUGAACCAGUUCUGCGUGAUGAGUUUGGAUCCUGACACUCUGCCAGGCAUCGCCACUACACUCAUUGACGUCCUCUUCUACUCCAACAGUCCUAAAGAAGACACGAAUGUCACUGCUGAUCUGGAGUGUAAGUUCUUCUCCUUCUCUCUGAUCGAUGGCUAUGUCUCCCUCGUGAUGGAUACAGAAGCACAGCAAAAAUUCCCAGCAGAUCUGCUCUUCACUAGCUCCUCUGGCGAGCUCUGGAGGAUGGUGCGGAUCGGAGGCCAACCGCUCGGGUUUGAUGAGUGUGGGAUUGUAGCUCAGAUUUCUCAGCCCCUAGCAGAGUGUGAUAUCUCUGCUUAUUAUAUCAGUACGUUCAGUUUCGAUCAUGCCCUGGUGCCAGAAGAGGACAUAGUGAGAGUUACAGACAUGCUUCAGGAUCAGAGGAAAGGCGCCGGAUGCUGAUGUAAUCCUGAUUUGCUCGCGCUACAACCGGAACAGCAUUAACACACGCACGGUGUUGCAACGAUCACUGGAAGUGUUUUGAUGACGUUUAUAAGCUAGGAGUGACUCACACGAGCAUGAGUUCAAGGUUCAGUCUCAAAACCAUGCACUGCUUGUUUUUGAUCAUGAGGCUGGUUUGCUAAUUGCACGUAAAAGUUACUUUUACAUUGUAGAAUAGUUUAUUGACUGAAUGAAUGGUAAUAUCGUGAGGUCUUGGAAUGGUGCCACAGGUUCUUGGAGUCAGAGGUGAAGAAGAUCUGGAUUAUUUUGGUUGCAGUGGGGGUUUGGGUUUUUUGCAGCAAAAGAACCAGGCCAAAAAAAAAAAAAAAAGACACCUGAAUUUUACACCUUAGUUUCUCUAAAUUGAUUUUUUUUUUCCUUGUGUAUCACUUAAACUGAAUUUUAAGUUGAAAUUUAUCUUAAUUUGACGACUUACCUCAAAAUUGGUUUAUCUCAAAAUUCUUGC